CACUUAUGUGAUGUCCACACAAACCGUCACUUCAAGUGUGGAUUCAAAGGAUGUGAUAAAGCAUUUAAGAGGUCGUCUACUCUUAAGAUACACGCCAUCACUCAUGAGAACCGACGGAUCAGAUAUCGGUGUGAAUACAAAGACUGUGGCAAAACAUUUCUAAAUAGAUAUUGUCUGAAGGAGCACUCUAUGACACACAUCACUCAAAGCACUUCCACACCAAUUGUCAGGAAGUUUAAGUGUCAUUACAAUGACUGCAAGUGGAGAUUCACCACAAGAAGAUAUUUAAAAAGACAUUUGGAAAGACAUUCAUCUGAGAGACCGUUUGUGUGUGACUUCAUUGGGUGCGGGAAGUGCUUCAAGGGAUCAACUGAUCUCAGGAACCAUUCAUUACUACACAAAACGGGUCCCACUCUUAGGUGUGAAAUUGACGGAUGUGUUGAUAUGUUUUACACCGAAUACCACCGAAGCCUUCAUCACAAGUCUGUUCACAAUUACUGUCCAAAAGAGUCUGAAGUUUGUGUUGAAGAUAUGAAACAAGAGACCACUGAAGGGUCGGAUAAAAGUUGUAUCGAAACCACAAAAACAAUGGAUUUAAAUAACGAUUCAAACAAUUCAUUGCGGGAUCUCUUGAAGAGGAAUCGCACGGAAAGAGAGAAAUGUUUUGAUUUGAAUACAAAGACAUUUAAAUGUCCGCUAAAUGAAUGUAAGAGUAGUUUUGCAUCAAAUAAACGCUUUUACAUGCAUUUGGAUUGUGUCCACUCGAGUGACCGAUUUAUGUGCCAAUACAAGGACUGCAAUAAAGUUAGUUUCGCAUCAAAUAAACGCUUUUACAUGCAUUUGGAUUGUGUCCACUCGAGUGACCGAUUUAUGUGCCAAUACAAGGACUGCAAUAAAGUGUUUAAAGACAAGAAACAUUUUAAACUCCAUUCAGGCGUUCAUUUAAAUGGCAAACAAUUUAAGUGUCAUUAUAAUGGCUGUAAUUAUGAAACGCAUAUAAAUUACCUAUUGAACAGACAUUUGGGGAUUCAUUCAGCGGACAGACCAUUGUUUAGAUGCGAUGUCAUUGACUGCGGGAAGACAUUGAAGACUAAAUUGUCUCUCAAAAAGCAUAUACAAAAUAUGCACGAAAGCGGACCGACAUAUAAGUGUGGUAUCAAUGGAUGCAAUGAUAUGUUUACGACUGAACACUUCAAACGCAAACAUCAGACCGAAGUCCACAAUCGGGCGCCAGUUAUUACUCGCGUAUACAAAUACCGGUGCGAUUGGCCGGGAUGUGAGUGGAUCGGCAAAGAUAUCAAAGAACAUAAACGGUUACAUUCGGGUGAAAAGCCAUUCCAGUGUUUAUGGCCCGACUGUGGCAAACGGUUCCGAAUGAAACCCAAUUUAAGAGAUCACAUGAAUAUUCACAACAAUGUUAAGCCCUAUGCGUGUCAUUGGCCCGGAUGUACAUAUGGGGCCACUAAUAGUGAAGACAAUCAACACUUCCGGACAUUAUCUCAAACUUUGGAUCAAUUGAAUGAGCAGAAGAGCACACGUGAUAACGAUUCCAAUGCUAUCACUGAAUCUGAUUCGCGACUUAAGAGUCCAUCGAAACGACAAUUAAAGCGAAAAAGAAAACCUCGAAAACAAGAAGUGAUACAAACUUUCAAUGAUAUGAAUACACACACAGACAUCGGUUCCGCCCAAGACUUGGGCCAAGAAAUCGAUGAAUCAAAUGAUAAUAUAAUGGCCACAGAGGCUGUCGAAGAGGAAUCG